GAGGGGAUAUAACAGUAAAUUCGAUCAAAAUACAGGAUUAAAUAGCUAAUUACCUUCAAAAAGAGCCGUGACCAUUGAAAAGAACUGCAUUGGAAGUACAAAAAGUCAAAACUAAAAGGAACUCCACAAAUCUGGAUCACAUAACAACUUCCUUUUUUCUUUUGAUGCCCUUUCCAGUUUGAGUUUUAUUUUUUCCUUCGUUCUCUGAAAUAGAGAAACCGAGAAUGCUGGCUACAGAUUCAGUCACAGUCGAAGCUGAUUCUGGUUCCACUAAUGAUCGCAAAAGCCAGCUAAAGGCUUUUGACGACACAAAAUCCGGCGUGAAGGGGCUUGUUGAUGCUGGAGUUUCAAAAAUCCCUCGUAUAUUCAUUCACGAUCAAACACAGAUCAAGGACAAGUCAAAUUCAACUGAUAAAUACAGUAUACCCAUAAUAGACUUGGAAGGUGUAGAUAAUAAAGAUUUAAUUCGACGAGCUGAUAUUAUUGAUAAAGUUGGAGAUGCAUGCAGGAAAUGGGGUUUCUUUCAGGUGGUCGACCAUGGCAUACCAGUAAGCGUUUUGGAUGAAAUGAUUGAUGGGAUCCGCAAAUUCCACGAGCAAGACGACGAAGUAAAGAAAGAGUUGUAUUCAAGAGACUUCGCCAACAAGAAGAUAUAUUUCAAUUCCAAUUUUGAUCUGUACAGCGCUCCGGCUGCUAAUUGGAGAGAUACUCUUAGUUGUGUCAUGGCUCCUUGUCCACCAAAACCAGAAGAAUUGCCUCAUGUAUGCAGGGAAAUAAUGAUGAAUUACUCGAAUAAGGUAAUAGCAUUAGCACAUACAUUGUUUGAGUUGCUGUCAGAAGCGCUGGGGCUCAAUCGUAAAUACCUUAACGAAAUGGGUUGCGCAGAGGGACUAUUCUUUCUGGGUCAUUACUACCCAGCUUGCCCUGAACCAGAGUUGACAAUGGGCACUAGUAGCCAUUCUGAUAGUAGCUUUCUCACUGUGCUUUUACAAGAUCAAAUUGGUGGCCUCCAAGUUCUUUGUGAAGAUCAAUGGGUUGAUGUGACCCCAACUCCUGGAGCUCUAGUAAUAAACCUUGGAGAUCUGUUACAGUUGAUUUCUAAUGAUACCUUUAAAAGCUCUCAGCACAGAGUAAUAGCGAAAACUGUAGGUCCAAGAAUUUCAGUUGCCUGUUUUUGUAGACAUCAUGGUCCUUCCCAGAAUGUUCCAAGGGUAUAUGGGCCAAUUAAGGAGUUAUUAUCAGAAGAAAAUCCACCAGUCUUUAAAGAAACUACUCUUAAGGACUAUUUGGCACGUUAUUAUGCUAAAGGGCUUGAUGGGAUCUCUGCAUUAGAGCAUUUUAAGCUGUGAAUUGUUACAGUCCAGUGACAAGUGUUGUCAAGUCCUGUAUAAGCUUGAACCAUAUCAAUAAUUGCUCUUAUGUAGCCUGGAUUUUGGGAAGAUUUUGAUGUUACUAUACUAGCCAGUAAUUGCGUUGUUAGUGCCUUGUUUAAA